AUGCCAGCAGAAGUCGUCCGCAGCGUCGUCCAAGAAUGGGCCAACACCUUCAUCGCCCGCAACUACAGAGCAAUGACGAGCCUAGCAGUUGCAAGCGCCAACUACUGGAUCUCUGGCAUGACAGAGAAGGUCCCCUUCGCCGGCGACCUGCCAUACGCAGACAGAGUCCAGCGAAUCCAGACCGUCUUCAGCGGGAUGGACACACUUGACGUCGACGUUCUUGGAAUAACUGUGGAAGGAGACGUUGGGAUUUUGGAGUCCGCGCCUAAUGGAUCGGGGCCGGGCGACCGGGUCUACAAGAACAACGUCUUGAUAAAGAUGGUGGUGCAGGAUGGCAAGAUCCAAGAUGUUCGGGAAUACGUGGACGCGUUUGCUUUGCUGAAUUACCUUGGAAUCUAUGUUUAG